UGAGUAAAUUAAAAGAAAAUAUUAUGUAAGCAAAACUGUUGAUCAUAUUAUCUGUAUUCUUCAGCAUAUGCUUCAGAAAGGCGUAGCCCCAUUACGGUUUCAAACAGGCACGAGCUAUAUAGCAUACAUGCUAUGAAGGAUAUAGUGCUUAUCAAUUAACCACAAAAAUUACAGCCAGAUAAAUUCAAUUUUAUCUCCGUUUGCUUGCUCCCCAUCUUUAAGGUACAUCCCUCUGAGAUUCUUUUCACUGCAAUCUUUUCUUUUCUUCACACAAACUUGUUACAUUGUGCCACCCAAAAUACAAGAUGCCUCAAGAAACAGUGGUGAAAAGGUCACCUUUUCAAGAAAAUUGUGGGAGGCUUCAAUUUGCAAUAAGGCUAUUAGUGGUGGUAUUGCUUCUAGGUUGGAUUUUCAUUCGGAUAAUGUCGCCUACAAAUACUUUUAGACAAACAUGGCUGCCUCGAUACAAAGCAAAGACUAAUAAUACAACUUAUAUUGGUUCAAAAGGUGCUUAUCUUCUCUUGUACACUUUCCCAAUCUUGCUCCUAGCUACUUUGGGAUGUGUCUACCUUCACAUAGGCAAAAAAGUAAUCCAUUCCAACACGGAGAGCUGCAAUGCAAAGAAGUGUGGGGUAACCAUAUGGAAGCGUCCAGUGCUUAUAAAAGGCCCUCUUGGCAUUGUUUCUGGCACAGAGAUAGCCUUCUUGUUUUUGUUCAUUGCCCUCCUAGCUUGGGUCUUUUCAACUUCUGUACAAAACAGCUUUGCAACAAUCACCCCACAAUUUGCAGCAAAGGAUGGCCAGAAAAUAUGGGAAGAGAAGCUAGAUAGAGUAGCAAAAAGGUUAGGUGUGGUUGGGAACAUAUGUUUGGCAUUCAUGUUUUUUCCUGUGGCUCGUGGCUCAUCUGUGCUGCCACUGCUUGACCUCACCUCGGAGAGUUGCAUCAAGUACCAUAUUUGGCUUGGAAACAUAGCCAUGACACUUUUUACUUCUCAUGGCCUUUGCUACAUCAUUCUUUGGGCAGUUACUGAUCAUACUUCUAAUAUGCUGGAAUGGAAAAAGAAUGAUAUAUCAAUUGUGGCUGGAGAGAUAGCUCUGCUUUCUGGUUUGUUCCUAUGGAUUGCAACCAUUCCCCGCAUUAGGCGAAAAGUCUUUGAGCUGUUCUAUUACACUCAUCACCUCUACAUCCUCUUCAUAGUCUUCUUCAUCUUUCAUGUUGGCAUUACCUAUGCCUGCAUUAUGCUCCCUGGUUUCUACCUCUACUUGGUUGAUCGUUACUUAAGGUUUCUGCAAUCAAGGUGCCAAGUUCGUCUGGUUUCUGCGCGGGUUUUGCCAUGUGAAGCUGUAGAACUCAACUUCUCUAAGGGCUAUGGAUUAACUUAUAACCCCACAAGUGUUAUGUUCAUAAAUAUACCAAGCAUAUCCAAGUUGCAAUGGCAUCCAUUUACUGUUACUUCUAAUAGUAAUUGGGAGCGAGACAAGCUAAGUGUUGUUAUUAAAUGUGAAGGAACUUGGACCAAGAAGCUCUAUCAGCUGCUUUCAACAUCUUCCACAAUAGAUCGCCUUGCUGUAUCUGUUGAAGGUCCUUAUGGACCUGCUUCAACCAAUUAUCUACGCCAUGACACUCUUGUGAUGGUAAGUGGAGGAAGUGGCAUCACACCUUUUAUCUCCAUCAUUAGGGAGCUAAUAUAUCUGAACACUACAUUCAAAUGCAAGACCCCAAAAGUUGUCCUAAUUUGUGCAUUCAGAAACUCUACAUCUCUGUCAAUGCUAGAUAUGAUCCUCCCAAUAUCUGGCACCCCAUCUGAAAUUUCUAAUAUGGAAUUACAAAUUGAGGCAUACAUCACAAGAGACGAGGAGCUUAAAGCAGAUUGCCCAAUUCACCCUCAAACCAUAUGGUUCAAGCCAAAUCCAUCUGAUGCACCAGUACAUGCUAUAUUAGGUCCAAACAGUUGGCUCUGGCUUGGUGCUAUAAUAUCAUCCUCUUUCAUAAUUUUCCUUAUCUUGAUAGGGAUAAUUACCCGUUACUACAUUUUCCCUAUUGAUCAUAACUCAAAUGAAAUAUUUUCAUUCCCGUUGAAUGCAUUCCUUAACAUGCUAGUGAUAUGUGUGUCCAUAGCAAGUGCUGCUAGUGCAGCUUUUCUUUGGAACAAGAAACAUAAUGCCAAAGAAGCAAAACAGGCUCAGAACUUGGAAGGAUCAACACCAACAGUGUCACCAAACUCCAUGGUUCACAAUGCAGAUAGAGAAUUGGAAAGCCUUCCAUAUCAGUCCCUUAUUCAUGCUACUAAUGUGCAUUAUGGUGUAAGACCAGACCUAAGAAGAAUGCUACUUGAACACAAAGGUUCAAGUGUGGGUGUUCUUGCUUCAGGACCCAAAAUAAUGAGGCAGGAGGUUGCAGCCAUUUGCUCAUCUGGUUUAGCUGCGAAUAUGCAUUUUGAGUCAAUUAGCUUUAGCUGGUGAUUUUACUCAUACUGUAUUGUAAAGGAUGGAAAUUAUUAAUGGUAAACCUCUGGAAGAACCUUGUAGUCUUUGGCUCAGUCAGCCUUGAUGGACUUACUAGUUGUGUUGCUUUUAUUUAAAUGACUGAAAAUUGGUUUGUCAACAAUAAUUUGGCUUUCACAUA